AUGCUUCAGUCUAAAGCUGGGCAAGAUGAAGACCUUGGUCUUCUUCCUCCUGAUUGGGAGCAAAUGAUAACUCUUAAAGACCGCCCACAUAACCUUGACCGCAAUGAUAAGGCUACUACCACAUGCAUGAACCACCGAGCUGUUAUGUCAAUUGCUUCUGGUCUGCGUGCUUGUUUCUUAGAAGCCACUGACCGCAAUUUCAACACUAAGACAGAGAGUGUGGUCUGUGUGGAAGCUUCAAAAGCUGAACCGGAAAAGAAUUCUCAAUGGAAGUUGAAUGUUUGUGAACAUAAUCCAACGAAUGAGAGCGAACACACGGAAAGUUGUGAUGAAAAGGAGAACGAGGUAGAUGAUGAAAAGGAAGUAGAGAAGAGAAAUGAUGGGAAGGAGGAAGGCGGGGAGGAUAAAGAGAAUGAAGAGAGUGGGGAAAGCGAGGAACACGGAGAUGAGAUCUCCAAGCACGACAUCAAAGCCUUCAUUUACCUGACCAAAGCCUCAUUGCAAAGACGUCGGCUUUUUAUCACCAAAGGUGGCUGGACAGGCUUGUCAAGUGAGGAUACUCGUCAGGGUGAUGUAGUGACAAUUUUGGUUGGUGGCGAUAUGCCAUUUAUUGUGCGGGGCGAUGAUCAAGAAAUGAGCGAUGUAUCGAAAGGGAAGCAGCGAGAUGGGACAAGGGUAGCCCUCAACAGCUGA